ACUCCGGAGUGCGCACAGCCACCGUUAUAACCUGAUUGCUCCGCUAGACUACGGAAGUACCUCGGCACAACCCUGGAGAUAUUUCGAACCAACGGUAGACCGCCGCGAGUCGGACCAUGUCUCACCACAGCCCGGAAUCGUCAGGCCAACACAUCGAUUUGAGUAUGGGGUGCUUUCGAUAAUUUCUCAACGGGAUGUUUCUCCCGCCUUCUACUGUGGGUCCAUAACGGGACCCUAGGCUAAAAUAGCUAAUAAUAGCCUGCGAUCGUGGUUAGCUUCAUGAUUCCCUAGUUUGUAAAUGGUAUGCCCGGCAGCUCGAUCGAAAGUAUAUAAGGCCGGUAUUUCCCAUCAAAAUCAAUAUCAUCAUCAACAGCAACUUCAAUCCUCUACAACUCUAUCUUCAAUCUUCUCAACCUCUUCCACAACCUUCAACCUUCAAGAUCCUGCCGAGGGAAAGCCCUUCGGUGUUCUCGUCGUCCACUCCGGCAGCGGCGUGCAGAACAGCGGCUUCAACGCUGCCAAGGGUAGCCUCUUCGCUGGCCUCCCCUCCCAGAACGCCAGCUGCGCUCGUCCCGAGGACGGCCAGACUGCUACCUUCUACAUCAAGGACGGUGCUCUCUUCCUCUACGACCAGUCCGCUACUCCCCAAGAGUUCUACGUUGACCGCUCCGGCAUGGGUCAGGGCAAGAUCGGCUACACCACCGGUGCCCAGCAGCCCCCCAAGAACGCUGAGCAGAAGGGCUGGUCCAUCAGCGAGCAGAACUACCUCCAGUUCGACGGCAGCAGCCCGAUCGCUUGCCCCAACAGCAUUGACGGUGCCUACAGCAUCUGGGCUUCGGCUGGUGUUAACAACCCUGCUGGUAACAAGGACUGUGUUGGUAUUGCUGCUCAUGUUCUCGAGAGCACCAACCCUAAUGCUUGCAAGUACACUGAGUAAGUGGUUGCUGGAUUGACAUAUUUGGGGAUAUGUUUGUACAUGAGUUAUAAUGGGUAAAUAAUUAGAUUUUGUUUUUUGUUG